GGUUGAAAGACUGGUCGAAAUUACAAGGGCAUGAGUCAGCGCAUCCCUAGGCGCCCUCCGCCCCUUGGGGGGUGGGUCGCUUAUAGGGAGGGGAGUAGAGUAGGGCAGGAGAAAUUGGGCCAGGCUGCACUUAGCUCAAGGGGCCUCGAGGACUCUCCGCGUCUCUGGAGACAAGGGCACUACACGCACUUCAGAAUGAAGAGUUGCGGGAGCAUGCUGGGGCUCUGGGGGCAGCGGCUCCCCGCGGCGUGGGUCCUACUCCUGUUAUCUUUCCUGCCGCUGCUGCUGCUUGCAGCCCCCGCGCCCCACCGCGCAUCCUACAAGCCGGUCAUCGUGGUGCAUGGGCUCUUCGACAGCUCCUACAGCUUCCGCCACCUGCUGGAAUACAUCAAUGAGACACACCCCGGGACUGUGGUGACAGUGCUCGAUCUCUUCGAUGGGAGAGAGAGCUUGCGACCCCUGUGGGAACAGGUGCAAGGGUUCCGAGAGGCUGUGGUCCCCAUCAUGGCAAAGGCCCCUCAAGGGGUGCAUCUCAUCUGCUACUCGCAGGGGGGCCUUGUGUGCCGGGCUCUGCUUUCUGUCAUGGAUGAUCACAAUGUGGAUUCUUUCAUCUCCCUCUCCUCUCCACAGAUGGGACAGUAUGGAGACACGGACUACUUGAAGUGGCUGUUCCCCACCUCCAUGCGGUCUAACCUCUAUCGGAUCUGCUAUAGCCCCUGGGGCCAGGAAUUCUCCAUCUGCAACUACUGGCAUGAUCCUCACCACGAUGACUUGUACCUCAAUGCCAGCAGCUUCCUGGCCCUGAUCAAUGGGGAAAGAGACCAUCCCAAUGCCACAGUAUGGCGGAAGAACUUUCUUCGUGUGGGCCACCUGGUGCUGAUUGGGGGCCCUGAUGAUGGUGUUAUUACUCCCUGGCAGUCCAGCUUCUUUGGUUUCUAUGAUGCAAAUGAGACGGUCCUGGAGAUGGAGGAGCAACUGGUUUAUCUGCGGGAUUCUUUUGGGUUGAAGACUCUAUUGGCGCGGGGGGCCAUAGUGAGGUGUCCGAUGGCCGGGAUCUCCCACACAGCCUGGCACUCCAACCGUACCCUUUAUGAGACCUGCAUUGAACCUUGGCUCUCCUGAGGAUAUAUUCAGGGGUCCCCAGGAACUCCUCAGUCCAGAGACCAAGUGAUGGCCUUGGAAAGCAGAUGUCAGGCUUUGGUGUGCCUGUGACCACCUCAUUGCUCCCAUAUUAUCCCCCACCAACCUGGCCUCCCAGAACCCCCUUCCUCUGCUCCUCUGUGAAUGACAAGUCCAGGCCUCCCCUACCUCAUGUCUUCUCAUUUGGGGGAUUGCUCCGUGCUCUCCCUUUCUCUCAAGGCCGAAGUUGGGAAGUGAGAAACCAUGUUUUUAACUUGUGGCUGCUGUUGCUGCUGCUGCUCUUCCGUAUCUGGCUGUAUGGGAGGAGAACCCACCCCCUGCCCACCACAGGGGUCUCCUUCCAGGCCACUCAGGACAUUUUUAGCUUCUCUUCUCCCCAUGUUCCCUUUUUUCUCUGAAGUCCCCUGUCAUCAGCCCUCCUAACCCCUAAGAGAGACUACCCAUGAGAGUGGGGUUCUGAGGCUCCCCUAUGGGGACAGUUCCAUUUUUGAAGUGUCAGUGUUGGGGAAUAUCUGUGGCCUAUGAGGCCCAUCUCAGGUUUGGGGAUCCCCCAGUCCCUAUGAUCAGUGUUGGAGUACCCCCCUGGGAGAGCCCAGUUUCUUUGAGGCCCCAGGCCCUCUUUUAACUACCCUUGAAUGGGUGUUACCCCUGUAUUUAUGGAAAUAAAGUUCCAUUUCCUCAGUG